AUGGCUGAGUCAUUGGCAACUUUUCAGGGCAACUGUCACUGCGGGGCCAACCGCUACGAAGUGCAACUCCCAGUAUUGCCCCAGCUCGUGAUCUGCGACUGCUCGCUUUGCGCGAAGAUGGGCUAUGUCUGGAUCUACGACGCAGAGGACAAGCUGGAGAUUACGAGGGGUUGCAACUCAGAUUUACUGACUUCGUACACUUCAAGCAGGGGAGAGGCACUUGAACAUGAGUUCUGCUCGACAUGCGGUACAGGCCUGUUCGGAACUCACACAUCUGGUGUACAAGCCGGCAAGAAAGGGAUCAACUUGCGUCCCCUUAUUUCUAAAAUUCCAGGAAUAUUUCUCAAGGGCAAAGAAGUUGUGACUAUGGAUUCUUCUGGUGAACUUGCUGCUUAUCCCGGGAGUCUCAGCAUCGUCGAGACUCUUUCUGAGUCGGCAUCGUCGCCACCUAAAGUCAACGCAACACCACCAGAAGCCACCGAAGAGCAUCCCAAGCUCUACACUGGAUCCUGCGAGUGCGGAGCUGUGCAACUCGCACUCAGAAGCAAACCUCUAGAGGAAGUCGAGAUCAAGGAGGACAACUGCAGCAUCUGCAUCAGAAAUGGUACCGUCGGCGUUUACCCCCAUCGAUCUCAGGUGACGAUCGUUGGCAAAGACAGUACCCAAGAAUAUCAAUUUGGCCGCAAGUUCAACGGCGCCCCGUUCUGCAAGACUUGCGGGGUCCAUUGCUUCGGAAACCUCUACGGUCCUCCGCAGUCAAUCGUCGACAGGUUGCCAGAAGCCAAAAAGCAGUUUGUGAGGAAACAACUUGAAAUUCAACCGUUGAACGUCAAGGUGCUCAACGAAGUUGAUUGGAAGGGGCUGAACAUCAAAUGGACCAACGAAGGCGCUGAAGGAUAUGCUCUUCCGGAUUAA